GACUUAUUGCAUUUGUACGAUACACUUGAAAUUGCCGAGGAAUAGACAUCGAACGUAACGAUCGAGAGUUCUUUUCAGAUCUGCAGUGAGGAAAAAAAAAAGAGAGAAAACGCGAUGGUGCGCCAUCCGGCAGUCUGGAGCGCGUCUAUCGGGCAGAAACGACCAUCAGGCGAGAUGCGUUUCAUUCCAUCGGCAAUUUUCUCAAAUCAACGAGCCACCGUGAAAACGGCCGGCCUCCUCUCCGCCCCGAUGUCGCAAACAAAACGCCUCUCCAUGCACUCGCGAAAUGCUCCUCAAUGGAAUCUACGUGCGUCGAGCGCGCCGUGCACGCACUCGGCCGAGCGGCCCGAAAUUGCUCGAUCGCGCUUUUUGUUUGUGGUCACUCUUGAAGCUGGCUAGGACAAAAGAGUGCCCCCCAGUGUCGAUACGUUUUCGCUUUGCUCGAACGUUUCUACCGUUUUUUCUCUCUCUCUCUCUCUCUCUCUCUCUCUCUCUCUCCAUUUUCUCUUUCUCUUACCCCUCUCUUUCCCGCUUUCUCCGUGAUUACACCCCUCUUUGUGGCGGCCGCACUCUUUUUUGAGUUUCGAAAACUGCAAGAGCAUUGUUUCGUCACUGCUCCUCCGGGUCGAAGCGAUUACUUGUUUUCCCAUUCGACCCGAAUCACCUCGCAGACGAAACGGUCCGCCAGCCGGGCACUAUUCGUAAACCGGCUUCCUUUUGUUCGAGCGCGCUCACCGCGAGCGCGACUCACGACUCGCCGGUGCAUUCUGCGGAGAAUCGAGAAUUUCGUUGUUGAUUCAGCAAAAUCUCUUGCCGCAGACGCAAGUACCUCUCACGAGCAGAUACUAGAAUGAGAACGGAAAAAGAAAACAGCUUUUAUUUUCGAAUAAAUAAUCCAUCUGGGAUCUUCAUUUUCAGAGAGAGUGUCAUUAGCUAUUGAUCUGAAUUAUUUAUCGGAUGUAACAUGAUUCGUAAUUGAAUGAUGUUUCUUUCGGUUUGAAUAUGCUUAACAGAAGGAAAUAAAAGAAUUUAAUGCAAAUUGUUUUCAUUGAUAAAAGUCACAGCAAGCAAAGAAGACUCACACCGUGAAAAUCAAUUAAUACGUUGCAUAUCAGCACAAAUGAAACGUGUACAAAGAUCAAAGUUAUAAUUCUUAUCUUAUCAUAAUGAAGAGAGAGAGAGAGAGAUUUGACGAGUAUUUAAGCUGUUCGACGCUAAAUAAACAACAGCGACGUAUAUCAAGACUUUCUCAAAGAAAUAAUUAAUCAGAACGUCGAAGGUCUCAGUACAGUCAUCUUGCGGAUGAAUCAGCGGAGAGUAACUGCAAUUCGACUGAGGCGCACGAUGUUUUAUCUCGUAUGAAUCUUAAAAUUUCGCUCAUGUAGUAGAUAUACAUAUUUAUGCGCUGAUAAGACGCUGAGCGACGUCCGAAAAUCAUCUGGACAGUAUAACCGAGUCCCAAGCGCUACUUUGAGACCAGUGAAGCCUCUUCGAAUCGCUUCAUUUCGAAAUCCAUCUCGUUUUCUCGAGAUGAGCAAUAAUGAUCUGUGGAUACGCGACAUACUCGCGAGCUACGGAGUGGUUGCGAUGAUCAUCUUGUGUCUCGUGAUCUGGAUAAUUCGGGAACUGCCGAAACUGCGGAGGAACACCUACAAGGCUCAUCUUUUGGGAUUUGAAAUGGAAUGCGCCGAGCUGGCUAGUCCGUAUAAGGAACAUCUCUUCAAAACGUUACAGUGUAUUGUUUCCAACGACGAGAUAUUGCAGUCCAUGGGCUCCAUCCGCGUACUUGAAAUCGGCGUUAAGACGGGUGAAAAUAUACGAUUUUACCCGGAGGGUACUCAUCUCAUCGGUGUCGAUUGGAACACCAAGCUAGGCGAAUAUCUGGUGAAAGGUGGACGUUCGUGGCAAUUUUCUCAUGUAAUCAUUGAGCGACUAAUUGUGGGUGAUGGAAGUUCCUUGAAGGGAAUACCAACGGGAUGCGUGGAUGUGGUGGUGACAACUCGAUCAUUAUGUUCUGUGAAAUCAGUGCGAUCUACCCUGCAAGAAAUUCGUAGGGUACUAGCUCCGGGCGGAAAAUAUAUUUUCGUGGAACACUUACCAGAGAAAGAGGGCACUUUUGUACGAUGGUUACAAAUAGGCUUGACACGCACAGGCAUAUGGCCUUCUCUAUUUGGCGAUUGUCGCUUAGACGCUGAUUGUGUUGCGGAAAUAGAAAAUAUCGGUUUCGAGAAAGUAUCGUGGACAUCCUUAGCUCUGGAAGGAUAUGUUUCCCACCCGCUUCAUUUGUUUCUGUCUAGACAACAUGUAUUUGGCAUAGCAACGCGAUAGAGAUAAUAUAUCAAUAAUAAACAAGUUAUAAAUUCUAUCAAUUG